UGGGUAAAGUGUGCAAGACACGUUAAGCACCAUUCGAGACUUGUGAAUGAACUCCAAAGACUGCGCGUAACCGCGAUGGACACCCUGGACCAGCCUCGCUGCGCACGCUGGGAUUGCCUUGCGACAUUGCCACGCAGUUGAGAUAUCAUAUCCUCCAACCUUCACUAGACGUGUGGGACAGAAUAUCAUCACGUAUUUUGUGAGCUUGCACUUGUAACAACGUUAUAUAAAACAGGUUUACUCCUUUUAACGCAACUGAUGCUAAAAGCGGCUCAAAACUACACUAGUACUGGAAAUAUUUUUUUUUGUUACCGUAAAAGAAUAUUCAACAAAUGGAAAAUAAGAGUGAUAUUGCACAGUGAUUAACGGCGUAGAUUAAGCAACCAGCUGUACCUGUAGGCCUUAAUGGAGGCCUGGACAUUCCUGUGGAGCGCUGACGCUGGUGGCGAGAUAGGGAGGGACAUGGCCAGGUAAUGAUGGCGUGAGCUCCGUGCGCACUGCUUGCCGCAAUUUAGCCAAAUUUCCCCCAGCCAGAGUAAUAUGAAACUAGCCUUCGUGAACAGCAACCAGGAUGAUUUAUGAUCUGGCUGACCUCAACUAUAGCUACAACGUGAGCGACGACCCGUUCAGCUUACUGGACAGGGAAUGGAGCGACACUCCGAAAGAGACCCUCUCCAGGACUGGCUUCAUCGUGCUCUCCGUGUUUCUGGGCUUGAUCAUGACCUUCGGCUUCCUCAACAACUUCGUGGUACUGCUCCUCUUCUGCAAGUUCAAGAAGCUGCGUACCCCGGUCAACAUGCUCCUGCUCAACAUCAGCGUGAGCGACAUGCUGGUGUGCAUGUUCGGGACCACGCUGAGUUUUACCUCCAGUAUCAAGGGGAAGUGGCUCCUGGGCCGCCACGGCUGCUUGUGGUACGGUUUCAUCAACUCCUGCUUCGGUAUUGUGUCGUUGAUCUCCCUGGUGGUCCUGUCCUACGACCGCUACAGCACCCUGACCCUGUACAACAAGCGUGGUCCUGACUACCGCAAGCCCCUGCUGGCUGUGGGGGGCUCCUGGCUCUACUCCAUAUUCUGGACGGUGCCCCCCCUGCUGGGCUGGAGUAGCUACGACUUGGAGGGCGCCGGCACCAGCUGCUCUGUGUCAUGGACCCUGAGGACGGCUCAGUCCCACGCCUACAUCAUCUGUCUGUUCAUCUUCUGCCUGGGUCUGCCCAUCGUCAUCAUGGUCUACUGCUACUGUCGGCUGCUGUGGGCCGUCAAACAGGUGGGUAAGAUACGUAGGACAGCGGCACGGCGGAGAGAGUACCACAUCCUGUUCAUGGUGCUGACUACAGUGGUGUGCUACAUAUUGUGCUGGAUGCCCUACGGCGUGGUGGCCAUGAUGGCGACGUUUGGCCGGCCCGGCAUCAUCACCCCCGUGGCUGCGGUGGUGCCCUCACUCCUGGCCAAGAGCAGCACUGUCAUCAACCCUCUCAUCUACAUCCUCAUGAACAAACAGUUCUACAGGUGUUUCCUCAUCCUGAUCCGGUGUGAAAGGCCCUCCGCGGAGAACGGACAAUCCUCCAUGCCUUCCAAGACCACCGCCAUCCAGCUUAGCCGCCGCGUGUACAGCAACACGGUGGCGUGCACCGCCCGGAUCUCCACGGGUAUCCAGAACCAUGGCUGCAGCACCCUGGUCACAGAGCACACCAACCCACCCGAGGUCACUCUCUCAUGAGCGGGCACGCCGGGAAGGCCUGGUGGGUGUUGAUGCAUGGCUCAGCUAGCUAGCUACUGUACUGUGCCAACCAAUAGGCUCCAAGGCCCAUGCGCUCGUCUACUCCAGCCCAACCCCUUCCAUUUGUUUACCAACUGCUGUGUUUAUCUUUAUGUAGGAGUGAAAUUGUACAUUCUGUGUGUGCAAGAGAAAGUACAUUUCUGUAUAUGUAUACAUGAGGGAGGGGGGGCUGUAGAGUGAGCAUGUGUGCUGCAUUCAAAGGAGAGAGAGGGUGUGUGUGGUUAUGAACUAUGUGUACCAUUUGAUCUCACUCGGCCUGUUCUCUGGCUUGUCUCUGUGUAGGUGUAAAAACCAUUGCUCGAUACACUUGCUUCUUUUCUAAACACAUCGACUGCCCAAGUGAAAAGGAGUAUCUGUCACAUUUCACCCCCUCAACACACACACACUUACCCCACCCCUCUAACACACACUUACCCCACCUCUCUAACACACACACACAGCCAGUGGUUACGCUACUCCCAGCCUCUGUGUUGUCCUGACUGUGAAGACAGAUUAGAAGGUCUGUGGAUGUAUCUCAAAUCGCACCCUAUUCCCCAACGUAGUGCACUACAUAGGGCACGGGAAAGAAGGGUAAUAGGGUGCGAUUUGAGGUGCAUCCACUGACUGGUGCAAUAAGCUAUGGGAUGUCCAGUAAAGAGCUGAUAAAGACUAUAAAAGUUCAUCAAGAGAACAAAUACUGAGCCGUACAGCUCUGAAGGAUACUGGUACACUGGUGACUGUGGGUGAUCUCGGACUGAAUGGCUCUGAUCUCGGACUGAAGCUCUGAUCUCUGACUUUUCUAUUGUGGAACUACAUGGAUCUCACAGAUUGAGAAUGGGACUUUUGCCAGACCUGCCAGCAUUUUGUUUGGGGAGAAGUGGCUUUGAACUCAUGUGUGAUGUUUGGGGUACCUACCACCCCCCUCCCAAACUUAUUCCCCCCUGACCUCUCCCCCUUCAUCAGAACCUGUACAAAGAAAGCGCUGAAUUCAGCCUGACAUGUCUGUGUGUUUCUGGUGUGAUUUUCGCGGUCUACUGAGCAAUUGAAAUGUACUUAAUUAUAAUAUUAUAAUUACGCAAACAAUUUGUAAUAUCGCACUGCAAUACACCACCACACUUUAUUAUUAGGGACAAGGAUAUUCCUUCAAUAAAAUAUCUGUGAGACAUCGUUCUCCCCAA